GCUGUUUAAACAAAACAGGAAAGUGUUUUAUCUGACCAGAGGUGAACACAGAGGAGAUGUCUCAGAGCUGUCUCAACUGUCUGAAGUACACCAUGUGUGUGGUAAACUUCAUUUGCUGGCUGUUUGGGGCCACCACCCUUGGGUUGGGCGUUUACCUGAUGAUGAACUCCAAGUUCUCCUCCCUGAUUCCCACCCUAGCCUCCUUGAACAUCGCCAACACACUGAUCAUCAUAGGCACCAUUGUCACCUGCAUCUCCUUUCUAGGGUUCCUGGGAGCCCUAAAAGAGAACCGAUGCCUGCUUGUAUCCUUCUUCGUCCUGCUGUUCAUCCUGAUGGUGGCGGAGUUGGGCAUGGCCUGCGCGAUGCUGAUGUUCGAGAGCGAGAUUGACACAUUUUUCAAGAAGGACCUAAUGAACAGUCUCAAAGAAUCCAAGGAGUCACGCAAACACGGGAACAGCACAAUCAAAGAUGACUGGGACAGAGUUCAGAUUACGUUCCAGUGCUGCGGUGUCACCAAUGUGUCUGACUGGAACAGCAGUGUGCCGACGUCGUGCUGUGUGACAGAAACCUGCACACCUCCGAAAUACUGGCCAGAGGGCUGUUACAACAAGGUGAAGACAUGGUUUGAGGAGAAUCUCCUGAGCACGGGGCUUGGCGUGAUUGGCCUGUGUGUUAUUGAGGUCCUGGGCAUGUGUUUUGCCAUGACCCUCUUCUGCCAUAUCAGUCGAUCUGGACUGGGGUACAAGUAACAAAAGUCUGGCCCUCUUCCCUGCGUUCCAUCACCCAUCCAAAGACAGAUCCACCUGAGCUGGGGUUUCUCCAGUGACCACUCUGCUCUCCAGCAGCAACCGGCCCUGUUAUCUCACAAAACAAUUAUUAUGCCCACUUUAUCAUUCCAGUCAAUGGGCAUCCUAACUGGCAAAGUAGUAAUGGAGCUGAGAGUUUCCAGAAAGAAAAUGUAUAAAGUAUGCCUAAAUCCUCCAGCUCUGCUAUAAGGCCAGAUUUUAGUCAUGGUUCAUUUUAUCAUUGAAAUAUUAUUAUUAUCACAUAGGUAAUUAUGGCAUAUUUUGUAGAUUAAAUUCCACUUGUAGUUCAUUAGUGGUUUUUUUUCAGGGAAAUGAGCAUACAAUAUUAUUUACAGUUAUAGCAGAAGAAUGGGGAUUUUGGGGGUUUUUUGAGGGGGGGAUGUAAUCCAGAAAACU